CUGGACAUUCUCUUCGCUGUCAUUUUGGCGGCUUUUUUAUUUCGGGGGAUUUGAGUUUCGACGUAGCUUUGGAUCCAGACUUGAAGAAUGAUUCGUGAAGGGAAUGGGUGACAGCGUCCUUAUGGCAUUUGAUUGAUCAUGGAUUCUUAUGAUGCAGCAGAAUCGACUCCUAGACAGAGUGCAUCCUCAAGGCUUAAAGAUUACUUUAUAGGUGCCACCCCUCUGCAAAAACGAUUAGAAUCGGUCAGGAAGCAGACUUCCUUUAUCCCAACUCCACCUCGAAGGAAAAUUCCCCAGUGUUCACAACUGCAGGAAGAUGUUGAUCCUCAAAAGUUUGCAUUCCUUCUGCAUAAACAAUGGACUUUAUAUAGUUUAACUCCCUUAUAUAAAUUCUCCUAUACUAAUUUCAAAGAGUAUUCUAAACUUCUGAAUGCAUUUAUUGCUGCUGAAAAGCAAAAAGGACUUGCUGUGGAAGUGGGAGACGACUUCAACAUCAAAGUGAUUUUCUCUACUCUCCUGGAAAUGAAAGGAACACAGAGAGACCCUGAAGCAUUUCUUGUCCAGAUUCUGUCAAAAUCUCAAUUGCCGUCUGAGCACAGAGAAGGUAAAGUGUUGUGGACUGGUUGGUUCUGCUGUAUAUUUGGAGACAGUCUUCUGGAGACUGUUUCAGAAGAUUUCACGUGUCUACCCUUAUUCCUUGCAAAUGGUGCAGAGACUAACACAGCCAUAAUUGGAACCUGGUUUCAGAAAACUUUUGACUGUUAUUUCCGUCCCUUAGCAAUCAAUGCGUUUAAUCUUUCCUGGAUGGCUGCUAUGUGGACUGCAUGCAAGAUGGACCAUUAUAUGGCUACUACUGAAUUUAUUUGGUCUGUACCCUGUAGCCCUCAAAGUCUGGAUAUUUCCUAUGCCAUACAUCCAGAAGAUGCAAAAGCUUUGUGGGACAGUGUUCACAAAACACCUGGGGAAGUUACCCAGGAGGAAGUUGACUUAUUCAUGGACUGCCUGUAUUCACAUUUCCAUAGGCAUUUCAAAAUUCAUUUAUCAGCCACAAGAUUGGUUCGUGUUUCAACAUCUGUAGCUUCAGCACAUACUGAUGGAAAAAUAAAGAUUUUCUGUCAUAAAUACCUUAUUGGAGUGUUGGCAUAUUUGACAGAACUGGCAAUUUUUCAAAUUGACUGAGGCCUUGUGGGGACUAAAAGUUAUGGAUUAAAUACCUUUUUCUCCCUGAUUAUCUGCCUAAUUGCUAUGCUGAGAGGGACUGCAGGAGAAAUGGGAAUCUGUGCAUUGGUUUUCCUCACAGUGUCUUGGUGUUACCCAGAUGAAAGCCAAGAAGAUCUAGAAGAAUAAAGAAGGUGGUAGUGGAUGAGCCGCAGCCAGAUGCUCAUGUAAUAGUCAUGGUCGUUUCGGAUGUCAAUCUCUAGAAUAUGCCGAGUUGUUAAUUUGCUGGCCAUCUUUCUAAAAAAUAUAUAAUGUUUAUUGUGUCAAACUUUUUAGGAUUCAAAUGAGAUACUUCUAAUAUUGAAUAUUUCUAAUUUACAUCUUUAAAACCUUUAAUCCCUUAAUUUUAAGCAUUUUAAAAUUUGAGAAUUUCUGACUUCUACAGACAUUUUCCUAGCAUCAUUUUGCUGUAGAGAACUUGCAAUUAAAUUUUCUCCAAAGGAAA